AUGUCUUCGAAACCUCUAUCGCGAGAACGCAAACCAUCCAUUGGUGUCCCCGUGGCCGAACUUCAGGCUGUUGGCCCUGGUUUCAGCCGUCCCAAACACAAGAGAACGUUCACGGGCUUAGGUCCUGUCGAGAGCAAGCUUGUCGAGGCUAGUAUUCCGGAGCAUCUCCGAGAAGUAUGGAAGAAAUAUUCCGCUACUGGGUUUGAGAAUAAGGAUGAAUUCGAGCGGGAAUUUGUUCGACACGUCGAAACGACCUUGGCACGCUCGCUCUACAAUUGCGAUGAUCUAGCGGCCUACUCCGGUACCGCCCUCGCAUUUCGUGAUCGCCUGAUUAUCGAGUGGAACAAGACACAACAGCGCCAGACUAUGGUCGAUCAGAAACGCGUUUAUUAUCUGUCGCUCGAGUUUUUAAUGGGUCGUGCUCUUGACAAUGCUAUGCUGAAUGUGGGCAAGAAAGAGACCGCAAAGGAGGGCCUGGAAGAGCUGGGCUUCCGAAUCGAAGAUGUCAUCAAUCAAGAACAUGAUGCCGCACUUGGAAACGGAGGUCUUGGUCGAUUGGCUGCUUGCUUCCUUGAUAGUAUGGCAACACUCAACUACCCAGCCUGGGGUUACGGAUUGCGCUACCGGUACGGUAUCUUCAAGCAAGAGAUCAUCGAUGGUUAUCAGGUUGAAAUUCCAGACUAUUGGCUAGAUUUCAAUCCCUGGGAGUUCCCACGCCAUGAUAUUACAGUCGACAUUCAAUUCUAUGGUCAAUCUGUCCGGCAGGAGAACGAGGAUGGCAGUAUAACCUACAACUGGCAUGGUGGCGAGAUUGUACAAGCUGUCGCAUACGACGUGCCAAUCCCUGGCUACAGUACGGAAACCACAAACAACCUCCGAUUAUGGUCUAGCAAGGCAAGCAGUGGCGAGUUCGAUUUCCAGAAAUUCAAUGCCGGCGAGUACGAACUUGCCGUAUCCGAUCAGCAACGCGCCGAGACAAUCUCAGCGGUCCUAUACCCCAACGAUAAUCUUGAACGCGGUAAGGAGCUUCGAUUGAAGCAGCAGUACUUUUGGUGUGCCGCCUCUCUGUAUGAUAUUGUGCGCCGAUUCAAAAAGACAAAGCGAGCCUGGAGUGAGUUUCCGGAUCAGGUCGCUAUUCAGCUUAAUGACACUCAUCCCACACUUGCCAUUGUCGAAUUGCAGCGCAUUUUAGUCGACCUGGAAGGUCUUGAAUGGGACGAAGCAUGGAAGAUUGUCGUCGAGACUUUCGGAUAUACCAACCACACCGUUCUACCAGAAGCUUUGGAGAAGUGGUCUGUUCCCCUCAUGCAGCAUCUGUUGCCACGACACCUUCAGAUCAUAUAUGAUAUCAACUUGUUCUUCUUGCAACAAGUGGAAAGGAAAUUCCCCAACGAGCGCGAGCUCUUGGCUCGAGUCUCUAUUAUCGAAGAAUCUCAGCCCAAGAUGGUGCGCAUGGCCUACUUGGCCAUUAUUGGCUCUCAUAAAGUCAAUGGAGUUGCUGAACUUCAUUCUGAUCUCAUCAAGUCGACAAUCUUCAAAGACUUUGUCAAGAUAUAUGGUCCAGAUAAAUUCACCAACGUCACAAACGGUAUAACCCCUAGAAGGUGGUUGCACCAGGCAAACCCUCGACUGUCUAAAUUGAUUGCGUCCAAGCUGGGUAGUUAUGACUUUUUGACUGAUCUUACGCUCUUGGAUGGUAUCGAGCGCUAUAUUGACGAUAAGGAAUUCCGUACGGAGUGGGCAGAUAUCAAGACCGAGAAUAAGAAACGACUUGCAAAACACAUCAAAGACACGACUGGAUAUACUAUCAACCCGACCUCCCUGUUUGAUGUUCAAGUCAAACGUAUCCAUGAAUACAAGAGACAGCAGCUUAACAUCUUUGGUGUGAUUCAUCGAUACCUGAAGAUCAAAUCAAUGACUCCAGAAGAACGCAAGAAGUUGGUACCCCGUGUGUCAAUCUUUGGAGGCAAAGCGGCUCCUGGAUACUGGAUGGCAAAGACCAUUAUCCACCUGAUCAAUAAAGUGGGCCAGGUCGUGAACAACGACACCGAUGUCGGUGAUUUGCUCAAGGUAAUCUUCAUUGAGGACUACAACGUAAGCAAGGCCGAGAUCAUUGUGCCAGCCUCGGACAUUAGCGAGCACAUCUCAACAGCUGGAACAGAAGCGAGUGGAACUAGUAACAUGAAGUUUGUGCUCAAUGGAGGGUUGAUUAUUGGAACAUGCGACGGGGCCAAUAUCGAAAUCACUCGUGAAAUCACCGAGUCGAACAUUUUCCUCUUUGGAAAUCUUGCCGAAGACGUCGAAACCCUUCGCGAGACUCAUCGAUACAAGGGUUUCACAUUAGACGAGGACUUGGCCAAAGUAUUCGAGUCCAUUCGAUCAGGCACCUUUGGCGAUCCCAAAGCAUUCGAAUCAUUGAUCGCCUCCAUUACUGAUCACGGAGAUUACUACUUGGUUUCUGACGACUUCAAAUCGUAUAUCCAGACCCAGGCUUUGGUUGACGAGGACUUCCUGAAACAGGAUGAAUGGAUUGCCAAGUCCAUUACCAGUGUUGCUCGAAUGGGAUUCUUCUCGACAGAUCGUGUGAUUAACGAGUAUGCAGAGAGUAUCUGGAACGUGGAGCCACUUGUGGUUGAGUGA